ACUGUUCUUGUAAGUAAACGUUACUUUUCUUGCUAAAGUGAACUAGAUUAUAAUUAUAGGUUCUGUCUUUUCAAAUUUUGUAGAAUCAAAAGUGGCCAAAAUAUAGCUAUACGCUAAUUUUCCUUUCCGUUUGGCCCUAAUAAAAGUGCAAGCUUAGGCUAGAAUUAAAGUAAUUGUGGUUUAAAUUUGCUGUUUGUCAAUUCUCUGAUGCAAGUACACUGCAAUUCACUGUACAAAUGAAGCGACCUUGACUACCUUUACCUGCAUGCAGUGCAAGCAACAACCACAAAAAUAAUAUCCACGAAAUGAUUAAAUGUUGCUCAACCACGAAUUUUUUAUCCCCGAAAAUUACCCGCUAUACGAAAAGAUAAAAGUACGUUAUUUUAAUAACUGCUUACCUAUACCGAAUGAUUCUCACUAAAAUUUCAUUUGCUAUAUAUACCUCACCCGAUUCACAUACAGAUUUCUGCAGCAGGUUCUCCCCACUGACCUCCUCUUUUUCAUUAGUAACCCAAUCCAGCCAUAUAUACUCUAGUGAAACCCCUCCCCUUCUUUCAAACAAUUACCGGAAUAUGCAGGAGACCCUUAAUGUUUUCGGCAUCCUCAAAGUACCGCAUGCACUCUCUUCCUCUCUAUAUCGUUUGUUAUAGUAUGCAUUUUACUGUGCUAAUUCACUCCUUGUCCACGUAUGCAUUCGCUUUGCUAAGAAUUUAGAGCUAUAAUAAUUAUGUAAACUCCCACCCUUCACAACAUACCACGGUAUAGUUAAGCCUCCCUCUACAGCAAGUAUAUAGAAGAGCACUUGCUGUUGCAUGUGAGCUAAUUUUGAGCGUAGAAAAUCCUUCGCAACAUUUCCAUGGUUUCAUUGAGUGUAACCAUUCAUGGUCAUUGCAAGCUCUAUGCACUUCUCAGUAAUGAUUGUGUACUGUACACAAGCUUGUAGAUAUAAUCAUUGUGCCCUUAGAACCAUAUACAAAUUACACGUAUGAUUGCAUUCCUGGUGUCGUAGUGCACACUUACCAUUACGUGGUUUAUACGCUUACAUGUUCGUGACCAGUGACGUGCGAACAUUCGGUUCUUAUAUGUGUGUGGAUUCAAUUGAAUGAACAGUGUGUACUCACAAUUAUAAUUAUAGCAGCUAAUAAUUAUAAGUGGGCUAGUAUAUAGUUCUCUAGAAGAGAAAAUUACAGUAUAGAAACUACUGAGCAAGCAAGGAGUGAUAAUUAUAAUGGAAGUUAUCAGUCACGCAAAUGCUGCAUAUGGUCUUACAAGUAAAGUUGGGGAGGUGCAUGUUUACGAAUCAGUGCCACAGCAACGUAGUAUCCUCCCACAAGAUAACAAAGAAAAAGACCUCGAUCCAGCAACAGGCAAAAAAGUAUCAGUCAAAGGGAAGAAAGUGCGUGUGAAGUGCUAUGUCCUAGUCACCAUCUUAGCUCUAGUGAUAGCUGUCCUUUCUCUGAUAGUUGCUUUGGUAGGAGUGAGCUUUGCUUCAGUAGAGUUGAUUAACCAGCAAACUCAACUGAGCAACUCAAACCAACAGAUUCAAAUUCUCUUCCAAGCUGAUCGAAACCUUACAGAAAUACUGCAAUUGCACGUGGGCACUGUAAGUCAUCCAGUCAGCUCUUGCAGUGAAAUACCUCAAUACAAACCAUCUGGAGAAUACUGGAUUGCAACUAACAGUACUAGCUCUCCUGUUCAAGUCUACUGUGACAUGAACCCAACAAGCUGUAGCUGCAGCACUGCAGGAGGAUGGAUGAGGGUAGUCAACCUCGACAUGACUGACUCCAACCAAAAAUGCCCAGAUGGAUUCAGACUGGUGAACAGCACAACACCACCACUGCGUACUUGUGGCAGACCUGGACCAGCAGGAUGUGUGUCUACUGCCUAUCCAACUUAUGGGGUGGAGUACUCUCGAGUUUGUGGGAGAGUGAUUGGCUAUCAAGACAAGACUCCAGAUGCUUUUGAUCCAUAUUUCGAUAACAGGACACUGUCCAUUGAUGAUGUUUACGUUGAUGGUGUGAGUGUAACUCAUGGACAGUCGCCUCGUCAGCAUAUCUGGACAUUCGCUAAUGCUCACGAUGAAGCACAUUCAAAUCACUGGGUGUGUCCCUGCACAAGACCCGAUCUUAUCUACGCUGGAGUUGUACCUCCCUUCAUCGGUCAGAACUACUUCUGUGAAACUGGAAGUCGACAAGCAGCUAGUUAUAUCUUUUACCCUGAUGAUCCACUCUGGGAUGGUCAUGGAUGUGCAAGUGACAGUACUUGCUGUGAGUUCAACAGCCCACCAUGGUUCUGCAAGCAACUUCCCCAGUCGACAAAAGAUGAUAUCGAGUUGAGGAUUUGUGGGAAUGAAAACAUCGAAAAUGAAGACAUUUUACUACAGCUAGUGGAUAUCUACAUUCAUUAAAUUUUAUAUACGUACUUAGCAAUAGUUUAGUAUUUAUAUAAUAGUGUUGGAGCCACAGCACAUAUAGUAUUAGAUUUCUAGAAAUUCUCGUAUUGUUAGGUCUAGUUUCAUGGUACUGUUAGGUCUAGUUUUCAUGGUACUGGUAUUUUAUGUAGCUAACAGUCGAAUUAUUUUACUGCAACGUUUACACUCUAGCAAUUUUGUUUACGCAUGCAAGCAUAGCUACAGCAAUUAAGUUUGUACUAAACGUUGCAUCAAUAAUGAAUGAAGUUAUUAGUCAUAGAAAUGUUGCGUAUGGUAUUAACAGUAACAGAGAGGACAACUCUUAUGAAACAGUCUCACCGGAUGAUAGCACCCUCCCACAAGAUAACAUAGAAGAGGAGCUCGAUCCUACAACAGGCAAAGAAAUGUCGGUCAAAGUGAGAGUGAAUCGCUAUUUUAUAUUGGUUCUAGUUAAUUUUUUAAUUUUAUAUGAUUCAACAAAUUUGUGCGGAGGUCAACAGAAAUAGCUAUAAAUACUAAUCUGAGACCUGAUACUAUAAUAAAAUACAGACAGAGAACAGUAUAGUUAAUAACAAAAGAGUCAGAGAGAUUAUAAUUUAGAUUUAAAAGUUUGUAGCGAAAUUCCAUCCAGAUUGAAAUUCAGGUUAUUCCAGGCUGAGGUAGUACUUAGAAGAUUGAAACUGGUUUGUUUUAGCAAACUGGACAGAUCAAUAAUUGUUGGGUGUUCUGGUGUCUGUGCGGGUAUUGGUGGUAUACUUGCUCGAAUGGUGGAGAUUCAAAGAGCACAUCCCCUGAAA